CAACUUGUGGUCACAUGACCAGAGGUUAUUGGCCAGCGGAAUCUAGAGUCUGUGUUUAGACAAGAAAGUUCCUCCAACUGUGGAAACAUGCGGAAACUCUUUACGCUCGCCCUCACCCUGUUAUCAUGGAUCCCAGGGUUCCUCUCCGAGGCAGAGCUCUCCGUCAUGGAGGGUCAAUCCCUCACGGUCCCGUGUCAUUAUGAGCCUCAGUACGCCGGCUACGUGAAGUACUGGUGCCGGGGGAAGAUGAGAGGGUUCUGCACCAGUUUGGCUCGAACAGAUACAGCCAAUCCAGCCGCGGGGAAAGUGAGCAUGUCUGACGACCCCGUCCAGCUGGUGUCCACCGUGACCAUGAGCGACCUGAAGGAGGGCGACUCCGGCUGGUACCUGUGUGGCGUGGAGUUAGGCGGCGCAUGGACCGCCGACGCUGUCACUGAAACGUACAUCCAGGUCAUUCAUGGAAUGUCAGUGGUGAACAGCCGAUUGAGUGGAGAAGAAGGCAGUAGUGUCACAGUUGAAUGCCACUACAGUGAGAGAUACAGAGACAGCCAGAAGAAGUGGUGCCGGACUGGAGACUGGAGCAGCUGUCUGCUGACCGGGUCUGAGGGGAGCUACAACGACACGUCAGUGGCCAUCAGAGAUGACGGAAGCAGGACUUUCACUGUAACCUUGAAGAAUCUGCAGAUGAAAGACACCGGCUGGUACUGGUGCUGUGCAGGACAGCAUAAGGAGCACGUGCAUGUGAUCGUCACGCCGAGACCCUCGACUACUGCAGUGACUGUGACAUCCCGGCCUACAGCGAGUCUGUCCCUCGCAUACCUGCCGCCCCCCAAGCCCAUCACCAAGGAGUCCUGCAACAGUCACAGUCACAUCAUGGAGUCGUUUCUGGUGUGCGCCUCAUUCCUGAUUCUCCUUGGCUUGGCCAUAUUGGUUCGAAAGUUGUGGAAACGGCACAGGCAGGAUCCUAUGCUGAGACAAGUAAAAAUGAUAAAAGCCCGGCACAAUGAGGGCUCAGGGGAUGUGGGUGACCCGCAAAGCGCCGCUGUCGUUUUUCUUAACAGGGAUUGCCAGGAGGCAUAUAUGCACUGAGACAGUGCAGUGUUUGUUGUUUCUCUGUACCUGCGUGUUAUUUUUGUGUCGGUUCACUGCACAUGGCACAUGCUUAAUUUCCACUGUCUUUUGUAUCUUACAUAACGGCACAUUCAAUGCGUUUUUUCUGUGACUGGCUGGAGAUACUAAAAGUAUACUUGUCUUUUAAGAAUUUAGCUAAUUAUUCCAUUUGAGUUUUUUGUCAGAAGCACUGUGACCACCACUAAUUACACAGAGGUCAUGUAUUGUCAUAUUCGUUGUGGGAAUUGUUUGAUAUUGGUGGAGUUUACAUUCUAACUGAUAUUUAUUUUCAGAAAUACAAUGCAUUAAUAAAAAUAAUUCAAUUGGUUAUAUCACCACUAGAUUUCAAAUAAAGUGGCAAAAGCCUUAUUUUUCAGUUCCA